AACAGUUGUCAGAGUCGUGCAGAGUAUCGUAGGUUCCUUCAAACGUAUUCGCGUUCAGUCUUUCGUUCUUUCCUCUUCCUCUUCUUCGACUUAACCCUGGUGCCGGUUCAACAGACGGUUCAGUUCAGUCUCGACGAGCGUACGGUGAGGAUCGACACUUUUUUUGCCGGAGAUCGCACGAGUGCUCGUACAUCGACGAGAAAGUGGAUUUCACCGAAAAAGGAGCGAGGACCGUUGUUUGCAUACAUGUGUGACACAGUGCAGUGACAACAUCGCUUAGGAUUAUCUUGACAGUUUUGUUGUUCCUCGCGCACGAGGGAACAGAAUAUAUUGUGGUCAGUGCGAACACGAGAACAAUUGGAUUAUAAUCGCGGCGCAGCGCCUUCGCGGUGUCCAGUACCUGCGAAGAGCCGACUCGGAUCUUGGAAUCGUGAAAUCGUCAGCGAAGCAACGUCAAAAUGCUGGUCGAAGAAGUGCCGCGAAGCUUCGUCAAGAAGAACAACAGCUACAGCCACUGCCCGCUUAAAAAGCGGCCAGUACAUGUCGUGCCUACCGAAGAGGUUCCUGAAGUGAUCAAAGAAGAAAUAAUCGACGUGGUGAUGGACGAUAUUCCUGAGCCCGAGAACCUCAGUACAAAACCCGAAGAUCUCAGCAGAAUGGCUGAACGCCAUCAACAGCAACAAGAACCGGAGCAACACGCGCGCGCGUCCAGGUCUCCGUCACCGGUCGUCAAAGUCUCUCCGUCACCACCGUUGGCGCCUAGACCAACUUCUCUCGUGAUGCACCAACACGUAAACCCCGUGCACCACGUUCAUCAUCAUCAUCAUUACCCCACGAAGGCGACCACGCCGCCGGUGGGUAUCGCGCCGAUUCAUCCAGUGGCGAAGAAAGCGCGCGUAGAGGUGAUCCUGCACGACAACUCGUCGUCGACGAGCGCGGUGACGGCCACGUCGGCGCCGUUGCACUUCAUGGCGAGCAAAGCACCUCUGGAACCGUUGAAUCUCAACACCCCCGUCGAGCCAUUGGCGCACUACGCCACUCCGGCGUGGGCCAGAGCCGCCCCGCUUUACCCGCCUCACUAUUUGCCCUAUCCGGCGGCUUAUCACCGUUAUCACCACGCGGGAGCGGAGCUGUAUCCGUCCUAUCCGAUGCCGGCGUAUCCUCACUCCUCCCCGGAGCAUCAUCCGUCAGUUUCACCGCCGCCGCACAGCGCGCUCACUUGUCCAACGAUUCAGCGACCUAUCGCCAGGAGCUACUGGGCAAGUCCUGAUCACUGUGGUCUGUCGCCAACGAGUUCCUUGGGAUCUGGAUCCUUGAGGUCGCCUCCGCCAGUCACGCCGGAAGAUCUCUCCUCUCCCGGCAGCGACAGCGGAUUAUCAUCGGCUGGAAGCACAUCGGUUGGCUCGACGAUCGUGAACCCGAAAAUCGAGAAGACCGGAGUGACCAGUGGUUCCACGGCGUCUCUGUCUUCCACUUCGUCCUCGUCCUCGUCCUCCUCGUCGCCCAGGUAUCAGUGUCCAGACUGCGGGAAAUCCUAUUCGACUUACUCUGGCUUGUCGAAACAUCAACAGUUCCACUGCGCCGCGGCCGAAGGUCAGGCGAAGAAGUCUUUCUCGUGCAAGUACUGCGAGAAGGUGUACGUCAGUCUGGGCGCGCUCAAGAUGCACAUCAGAACGCACACGCUGCCCUGCAAGUGCCAUCUUUGCGGCAAGGCGUUCUCGAGGCCUUGGCUGCUCCAGGGACACAUCAGGACGCACACGGGAGAGAAACCCUUCAGCUGUCAGCACUGCAAUCGCGCGUUCGCCGACAGGAGUAACUUGAGGGCGCAUCUCCAGACGCACAGUGACGUGAAAAAGUACUCGUGCACCUCGUGCAGCAAAACCUUCAGCAGGAUGUCGUUGCUGACCAAACACCAGGAGGGCGGAUGCCCGGGAGUUCCUGUCCCGAUGGCUUACGCGUGUUGAGAUCCCGACGAGGAUUCCUCGAAGAAAACUGCGACGAUUUGAUCGCGUCGCGUGUGUGAUUGCCUGAUACGUUCCUUAUUACUUUGUUACGGUUCGAAAAAAGAUGAAGUGCCUUACGUUAAUCGGAGUACAAACGAAUAAUGAUAAUAGUAGAAGUAGGAGAAGAUUAGGGGGUUCAGUUUCUCGACGAAGACCAAGUUUUUACGAGGUGUAUGCGGUUGUAGUUUCGAGUACCUGGCUUUCGAUUAAAAUUCACGCUUUCCCCAUGCUCGAAUUUUAAACGAGAUCAUUAGAAAUCUGUCGUCGAUAAAUUGAACCCAUAGAUCGAACCCCAUCCGAUGGUUGUGCAUUUUUCUCGCGUUCGAAUCGCGCCCUUCGUCCCGUUGUAUAUAGUUCGGUGUGUGCGUGUGCGUGUGACAAACAGCGAGAAUGAGCGCGUAACGUCUCUGUACUUAAAGGAUACGAUAGUCGACGUAUGCCCUUCGAGGAGAGGCAGAAAGGACGAGUCGUUGUAACCGCUUGACGCGGUCCCGUGAAACUGCCGUGCCAUUUUCGUAUCUUUCCUUUUCCCAUUUUUUUUUUUGUUUUCUUCCUCUUGUAUUCCUUGCCAUUUCGUUCGAUUCGAACGAACGUACACGCGACUAACGGUGAUGAUAUUUUCGUCGAUCGUGUUCAAUUUUCCAACGAAAAGAUGUAUUUUCUUUGAUAUACCGCGUGUACCGUGCACCAAAGUGCCAUCUUUUUUUUAUUAAAUUGUGCCACGUGUUUAUGUACUAUUGUAAAUAAGAACGAUUAGCUGUCAAGGCACGCACGAGAAACAAAGUAUUAUUGUAAGUCGCCAUAGAUGGACGGAGAUACAGAGAGAGAGGGAAAAGUAUUUAAAUGAUCGUCCAGUGCCUGAGUGGUUUAUUUUAUUUUUUUUUUUGUAUCUUGGUAACUCGGGAUCGAGCGAGAGAAUGAGAGCGAAAGAACUUAAUUAUUUUAUUUUUCCUUUGCCUUUUGCGUUUUUGUACUUUUUCUUUGCGUUUGUAAAUCACUGUAAGUUACUCGAACAAGCUAGUCAUUGUACAAUAACUAUAAACGUGCGAGGAGAAAUACGAGAGACUCGCCGCGAGGAAGGUUCCUCCGACUGGUCUUAUUUGGCGUUCCUCGCGGAGAGGUCGCUCGAAAAAAAGAGAUAUAAUAAUUAAUAGAGUCGUCACGCCUGAGUUUAUUACUGUCCGUGUAAAGAGGGAGCGAGAGAGAAUAACGGCGAAACGACUCAGGGCGAGUACCACUUUUUCUAGUUUUUGUAAAGAAAGUAAACUACUAUUUGAGAUACAGAUAUCACCUAUAUAUAGAGAUAUUUUAUACGAA